GUCGCCGACAUUGCUGACCUUCUCAGCGCCCUAGGGCGGCUGCUCCCCCGUUUCGCUCUUGGUACGCCCCGCCUCCAGCUGACCGGCCUGGAAUCACGGUUUGGAGCCUCGGACUGCUCGCCCGGAGUCGCCGUGUUCCGUCGGGCCUGUCCCCGGCCGCUAUCCUGUGAGGGUCUCGGACAGCUCAGGGGCAGCAGGGAGUGUGAGCGGCGCGGAGGCCCCGGCCUUGGUGUGUAGAGAGCGGCCCAGGCCCUGUCAGACAUGGGAGACACCGGCAGCGAGCGCAGCAAACCGCCAAGCCUCCCCCCGCGCUGCCCCUGCGGAUUCUGGGGGUCCAGUAAGACGAUGAAUCUGUGCUCGAAAUGUUUUGCGGAUUUCCAGAAGAAACAGCCGGACGAAGACUCCGCCCCCAGCACAAGCAGCAGCCAAUCAGAUCUGUUCCCCAGCGAGAUAAACAGCGACAACGGAAAUACCUCUAUACCCUCGCAGAGCAGUAGCCCCAGCCAGCCGCUCUCCACGGACCUGAAUGUAGCUUCUCCCAGUGAAGAGGAAUGUGGGCCCUGCACAGAUACAGCUCACGUCUCUCUAACCACACCAACCAAAAGAUCCUGUGACACAGAUUCCCAGUCAGAGGAUGACGCUUCCCCUAUAAAACGGCCUCGACUACUAGACAGUGAGGAACGACCCGACAGCAACCGCCCCAAACAGAAGAGUCGACGCCGCUGCUUCCGCUGCCAAAUAAAACUGGAGCUGGUACAACAGGAGUUGGGGUCUUGUCGCUGUGGUUACGUCUUCUGUAUGUUACACCGUCUCCCAGAGCAGCACGAUUGCACGUUCGACCACAUGGGCCGCGGACGCGAAGAGGCCAUCCUGAAAAUGGUGAAGCUAGACCGCAAAGUGGGCAGGUCCUGCCAGCGUAUCGGCGAGGGCUGCUCCUGAGUGCCACCAACCUCCUACAACCAAAUGCUGUUUCUAUUAGUUCACUAAUGUUAGCCUUAUUUAGGACAAUGUCAAGCAGGCUCUCACUACUGAGCAAGUCACAGACUACAGCCAAUCAGGUUCCUUCUGUUUUUUCGUUUUUCCGAGAACCGCGCAGGUACUUCACCUAGACGACGUUGGCAGUCGCCGGGCGGUGGCUGUCGUCCAUGAUGAAAGCUCCAGGAACUUAUUUAAUCUAUAAUUGUGUUCAUUUAUUUUUAUUUUUUUUCAGUUUCACUGAUUUAAGUAAUAAUAAUAAUAAUUGUUUUGGUCUUUCUCUUCCAACCCCGUUCCCCGGUCGGACCAUCUCACCAUCGUCUCACUCAUUGUUUUGAUGUUAGCCCAUAAUAAGCACCGAUUAUCAAUAAAAAGUUGGGUUCGUCCAAAGUCACUCGACCUCGCUAGUGAAGGUCCCAGUGGUCACUCUU